UUACGGGGCGUGAGGUCCCUUACGGCUGUCCUCGGAGUGCGUGGUGGGUAUCAGGUAAUCAAUCUGGGUACCACGUUCUGUGGCCCGCCAAGCUAUCCACUCCCCUGCACUUGUUCAUCAGCAUGGAGUGCCCAGCCACUAUUCGACAUACCCCAUUUGUUGUAUACUCAUUUAUCCUGGCGAUUGUAGAAGCCUUGGUUGGGUUUGCAGUAAAUUUCCUUGCCAGCGUCAAGGCAUGCUACAGCCAACUAGUUGCACGGCCGUUCGGUGCUCUGUUCCAGACACGAGUUUAUUUCGUUGUCGCGCCCACUUUCCCAAGCAAAGAAGACGCUCGAUGGCCAUUGAUGACGAGGCUGCUGGGGCACCGAGCUCAAGUUCGAAAAGCAUUCUAGAUACUGAACCUUCUUCCAAUUUAGCUACAAUGACCCGAGUCUUCUGACAAGAUCUUGGACAUGCUGUUCAGAUUCCAUCGGUGUCAUCCGAGCUCGCCUCCAACAGAGCGGUCGGACGACAUGGCACUGUUUCCUAUAUCAACAACUGGACGUACGGUCGAGGCGCCAGUCAGCAGUCUCUUCCGUACAGCCUCUAUCUCCUCGUAUCUGCGACGCACGGAGCCCGAAAAGUGCUAGAAAUGCAUCUUGACGGCUAUGGGUCGGUCUGCCAGGCCGGCAUUGAGCGAUGCACUGCCAUGCGCUUGUAAGCCAGUACAUGUGAAAUACCUCGCUUGAGGCAU